AUGGACAAAACGACGAUCACCACCGUCGUUUCACUCAUCACUAUUCUUUUCCUCGCAAUCACACCUCCGUCAACGGCUGAGAUCAAAUCUCUCACCAUAACCUCCGAUACCCGACCCAUGAUUCUAUUAGAGAAAUUCGGGUUCACGCACACCGGUCACGUCCGGAUCGCCGUAUCGGAAGUCUCCGUCGCCGCCUCCGGAUCACAACCAGAUCCAUCUCGUCUCGGAUUCUUCCUUCUUAGCGAAGAAUCCCUUCUUCAAGUCCUCAUCGAGAUCCAACAAAACCCUAGCUUCUGCGUUCUCGAUUCACGUUACAUCACGCGUCUCUUCACUUUCCGUGACCUCUCACCUCCUCCCACGGCGUCGUUUAACCGUUCUUACCCCGUUACGUCUCCGAAUGAGUUCAGCCUCUUCUUCUCUAACUGUGCGCCUGAAACCUCCGUUUCCAUGGCGGUUCGCACCGAGCUUUUCAACUUCGACGCUGAUGGUUCCUCUGAUUAUCUCUCCGCCGGUCAAACACAGUUGCCUUCUCUGUUCUUUCUCUUCUCCAUCAUUUACUUCGGUUUCUUCGGUGUAUGGUUAUAUGUCUGUUACAACAACAAACUCUCCGUUCACCGGAUCCAUCUCCUCAUGGCGGCUCUUCUCCUCAUGAAAGCUCUUAAUCUUAUCUGCGCUGCCGAGGAUAAACACUACGUCAAGAUCACCGGAACUCCACACGGUUGGGAUGUUCUCUUUUACAUCUUUCAGUUCAUUCGUGUCGUGUUGCUUUUCACCGUCAUUGUAUUGAUUGGCACUGGAUGGUCAUUCCUCAAACCAUUCCUGCAGGAAAGGGAGAAGAAGGUUCUCAUGGUUGUUAUUCCUCUUCAGGUUUUGGCAAAUCUAGCUUCGGUUAUAAUCGGUGAAACCGGUCCUUUUAUCAAGGAUUGGGUUACUUGGAAUCAGGUUUUCUUGCUUGUUGAUAUCAUUUGUUGUUGUGCAAUCAUUUUUCCUAUUGUAUGGUCGAUUAAAUCGCUUAGGGAAACAUCCAAGACUGAUGGAAAAGCUGCUAGGAAUCUCGCAAAGCUAACGCUUUUCAGGCAGUUUUACAUUGUUGUUAUUGGUUACCUGUACUUCACACGCAUUGUUGUUUUUGCUCUCAAAACCAUCACUGCUUAUAAGUAUAGGUGGGUUAGUAAUCUUGCCGAGGAGGGUGCUAGUCUUGUCUUUUACAUUGUCAUGUUUUACAUGUUUAUGCCUGUGGAGAAGAAUGAGUAUUUUGUGCUUGAUGAUGUGGAAGAAGAGGCUGCCGAGAUUGCUCUCAAGGAAGAAGAGUUUGAGCUUUGA